AAGACAAUGAGAACGAGACUCAACUGCACUUCCGUUCCCCAUGAUACCGGAGUGGAGUUCUGACAACUGAGGCGUCACUGAAUGCAUUUCUACACCAAAACCUCAAAAAUCACCCUUUUCCACCAUUUACGCUCUCAAGUGCCUCACUCUCCGCCUGAAGUUUCAGCGACCGGAGGGCAGCUGAUUAUGGUGUAACACGGAGCCCGAGCUCAGAGAUUACAGGUAUUUGAGUAGCAGUGCAGCGCAAGGCAGACCAAAGCAGAGCGCUGCAGAGUAGCCAUGCUUACAUUGGCCAGUAAGCUGAAAAGAAACGAUGGAGCACAGACAAGCCGUGCCUCAGGAGGCUCUGACUCAACUCAUAGGGUCUCAAUAAGGGACCGUCUCCUUACCAAAGAAGUUGCCGAACUUGAAGCCAAUCUUCCUAGUACAUGCAAAGCCAAUUUCCCAGAUGAGGACAAGCUGCACCAUUUUCAGUUGGCAGUGUCUCCUGAUGAGGGUUACUACCAAAGUGGCAAGUUUCAAUUUGAAAUAGAUGUCCCAGAAGCCUAUAACAUGGUGCCUCCAAAAGUGAGAUGUCUGACUAGAAUAUGGCAUCCAAAUAUCACUGAGAAUGGAGAGAUCUGCCUGAGCCUUUUACGUGAACAUUCUAUCGAUGGAACAGGGUGGGCUCCCACCAGAACAUUAAAGGAUGUGGUCUGGGGAUUGAACUCAUUGUUCACUGACUUGUUAAAUUUUGAUGACCCGUUGAACAUCGAUGCGGCAGAACAUCAUCUGAGAGACAAGGAGGACUUCCGUAAUAAAGUUCAAGAUUACAUCAAGCACUACGCCAGAUGAUAAACGCAUCGUGCUGCACCAAGCUACCAAACUGCUCCACAUUUGCCUCAGCUUAUCUCGGCCAGGUUCACAACGAAUCAGUAGCUGGCCGUUGUAAUGUUCCACUCUGCUCACCUGAUUGCAAUAAACCUCAACAUUAUUAAACAGGAUAACAGUCAACUUUUGAGGAGGGACACGUCGACACAAAGCACGAUGCUUUAAUUAUUCUGGAGUGUUUUGGAGAGCACAGUGUCUGAUCAUUGUGAUGAUGCAGUCACUGAAUGAAGCUGCUGGCUUGAUGCUAAGACAGUCAAUGUCCUGCUACGUGAUGUAUCACAAUGAACGUCUGUAUUAGUUUUAACAAUGAAGUAACUAUAUGAAGGUUUAUAUGUGUCAACAGUUGUGAUGUUCCAGUGCCUGCAAUGGUUGUGUUGGGAAAGACAAAAUGAACACAUUUACACACAUUUCUUUCCAUGUUACGCUACGCUGUUACGCUCAUCCUCGUGUACACAGGCUGCAAAUCAUAUAGCUCCCAGCUCACAAGACAGCAUUUGAAUGAUUAGCACCAUAUCGUCUGUUUGUUGUCAUUCUUUUGCAUGUUCACACACACAACUUUGUUCACUUUUGUAUGUUUACCUCUUAUAGGCAGAGGGAGUGACUACUGUACUACAACUGGACAUACUGACACGUUUUGUCUUUUGCUGCUUGUCGUUCUGUCUCUGUUUUCAUGUCUUAUGUCAUUGUGUCACACAAACUCACAUGUACCUUCACAAUGGAGCUGAACAGAAAAAUCGACAUUGUCUUCCUAAUUUGCCCAAAGACUAUUUUAGAGUUAAAAAUACCAGCCAUUUGCCCUUACUUAAAACUUUAUUUUACCCCUAAAUGCGAUAUUGCAUUGUUGUAUUUAAUUUAAGAAUAUAAGGAAUGGUUGUGGUUUCCAGCAAUUUGGAUUUACAGUUAAAAAUCUGCAGUGGUCUGAAACUCCUAUAUCUUAAUGAGUCCAAGCGGUGGAUGGAUAGCAUCAAAACGCCAACAGAUCAAAGUGCAAUGAUAUUGAAAUGUUUUACUGUGUGAGCCAGUACAGUAAAACCGUUCCACCACUUGUAGUAGGUAUAGACCAGGGGUCACCAACAUGGUGCCCUGCAAGCCUGCUCUUCAUUCAGGUCUUUAGCUAAUGUGAGAACACUAGAGGGAAAUGCAUUCUGAAAUACAAAAUGUGAGUUUUGGAUACCAGCAUUUGGUUUGUUUGGGUUGAAGUAAGGUAGCUAUUGGCCAUUUUCUUUUUGUAAAAGUAGCUGUUGCAAGAAAAAACGUUGGAGACCACUUGUAUAGACAGGGAACACACCAUAAUGUAAAAACAAUGAGAUGACAGAAGAAAAUGAAAAUGUUCCAAAUUAAUGGGAUGUGUACAUAUAAUUUAAAAAUAUCACCAAAAUGUAAUAAAUAUACACUAUGCUUGUUGCAUAAUCGUGUAUUGCUAAAAAUUAGUACUUUGUUGAUGUACCUAUUUGACAAAAAUGAAGCAUGUGACAAUUUUUCCCAUAGGAAAUAAUGCAAAUCUUAUUUAUUUGUUGCGUAAGCCCAAAAAUAUGAACAAAGGAUGCAUUUUAUAGAAAAGAAUUAUAGGUUUACAUGCAGAAAACUGUGAAAUAAUUAUACAUGAUGACUGGAUGGAAAUCAUUGUUGAUGGGGUUUUUUUUUCCAGAAUGAUUCAGCACAGGUCAAACAAGCUACAGUGGAAACUCGGUUAACAUCUGCCCCAGAUAGCACGUUUUUUGGUUAAAAAUCACCCCAAAGUUUUGCGCAGGUUUGCGCACAUUUUCAGUUGGUGGCGUGUUUUGUCAUGUUAUUAACACACUGCGUGAGUGACAUACAAUGUAUGAUUUUUGGGGGAUGGAAAUCGCAUUUUGACUGUAUUGUCAUUAAUAUUUCAAGUUAUUUUCUAUGAUUUUUUUUUAUUUUAAUAGAUGUAUUUAUGUUCAUGACUAUAUGUAGUAUCUGCAAUGCUGGGAAAUCAGGUAGAAUUUGUGGUCUUGGGUGCAGUCCACUUUGCUCGAGGACAACUUGUUCGUUCAUGCUGGUUGAGUAACACAUCCAGUGAGUCUUUGCCAUUCUGGAAAUUGGCUCCUGAAAAUCAGCUGUGUGUGUGUGUGUGUGAGAGUGUGUGAGAGAUGAGGAUGCGGACUGUCACCUGCUGAGCCAGUGACCGUUUGUACAACUGCAUCUCGCCUCCAAUUUGUCUUCUACCUUUGAGCACCCAACUGCUUUUCUCCUUCCAUUCUUUGUGUUUACAUGUUGGCAUGAGGAAAUGUGAUGAUGAAAGGUAACGUUCAAUGCGAGUGUGUGUUCAAAUAAUGUGACUUGUAGGCAUGCUCUGACUCACUCCGCUCCGUUCUUUGUCUUUGUGUCGAAAAUUCCGUCCCACAACUUAAAAAGUGUCAAUUAUUAUUACGGCGGAACAUGUAAUGACACGCACCUCUGCCAAGAUAAAGGAUCGAAAAGUAUGACAAGUAAAUGAAGCCAAUUUGAGCAGGAUGUUGCAAUGUUCGCCCAGUAUUCAUUUUAGCCUUACUAACACUGAUGUUGCAUUGCAUGUCCUUUAUUUUGGCGGUGUGGGGUGAUUAUUUUUCCAAGGCUCCUGUUUGGGAAAUCUGCAUGGGCUCAGUCAUAUUUGGGCCAGGUGAGAUUUAAGAUUGAAAGCCAGUUCUUAAAAUUCUCAACUGUGUCUCUCAGAUUGUAUAUGCAUUUUUUAAAGAAGUAUUAAAGAGGAUA